GUCUGUGCCUGCCGGGGUCCUGCCUCCGGAGCCCGUGCGGGGAUGUCUCGGAGACCCCGCGCUGACUGCUGCUCAAACAUCACGGAUUUGUCAGAUGCACUCAUAGAUGAGAGAAACUAAAGCAGGAAGAAAACCUACCUACUAAAAUAUAUGCAAUGGGAAAUUGAAGACGGCGGAUAAGUAAAUGUUGACAUGGAUGAUGAAGAUGGCCGGUGCUUGUUAGAUGUAAUUUGUGAUCCUCAGGCUUUGAAUGAUUUUUUACAUGGAUCUGAAAAGAUUGACAGUGAUGAUCUCCUGGACAACACAGGAGACGCAGCCAGUGCCUUCUUUGAGGGUACUGGGCUGCAUGUACAAGAAUCCUCUGGCAACCAUCUGAACACUGAACAGAAUCAGAACACAACAAGCGUUGACCUAGACUUUUUAGAAGAUGACAUCCUGGGGUCACCAUCUGGUGGUGGGGCGAAUCUUCAGAACUCAGACCAGCCCUGUGACAUUCUCCAGCAGAGCCUGCAAGAGGCUAACAUUACAGAACAGACUCUGGAGGCAGAGGCAGAGCUGGACCUGGGUUCUUUCCAGCUCCCUACACUUCAGCCAGUGGUUCAGACUGCCUCUGAUGGCACGUCGCAGAUUUUCUCCAGUGGGGCUGACCUCAUCGGGUUGCAGCAGCCUGCAGUCCUGACACAUCAAGCACUGGUGCAGCAGUCAGUGGGAGCAGACGUUGUUAAUAAGGCCAUCAGUGUUCAGCCUUUUCUUCAGCAGGUUGGCUUGGGGAAUGUUACCAUACAGCCAAUUUCCAACCUUCAGGGCUUGCCUAAUGGAAGCCCAAGUGGCACAUUGGGAAUUGGGCCGAUUCAAGUAGUUGGACAACAGGUGAUGGCUAUUAACCAGUCAGCUCAGCAGAUCAUUGCAAAACAAGUUCAGCCCUCCCAAGUGGCCACCAUGCCUGUUGGCGGUUACAUCACCCAGACUGCACCUGAGCAACAGCAGGUCACCCUCGCUUCCACAGGGGUGUCUCCCCAGAACGCUGGCCUUGUCAUCCAGAAAAACCUGCCAUCAGUGGCCACUACCACACUGAAUGGAAACUCUAUGUUUGGGAACGUAUCUGCCACCCAAGGCUCCCAACCUCUCACAGUCACAUCGAACUUAAGCAGCCCAUUGGUGCAGGCCCAAAACGUGAUUAUCCAUAGAACACCCACACCAAUUCAGCCCAAACCUGCAGGGGUCCUGCAACAAAAGCUGUACCAGAUCACCCCCAAGCCAUUUGGUCCCAAUAAUACUACACUGACCAUCCAGAAUGAGGCUGCCCUGCAACAGCAGAAGGCCCAACAGAACCUGACUUUUAUGGCAGGCAAACCAGGACAGAAUGUGGUGCUGUCUGGAUUCCCGCAAGGGCUGCCUGCCAACAUGUUCAAACAGCCUCCACCGCAGCAGCAAGCCCUCAGCAAGCCCAUGAGCGUCCACUUGCUAAACCAAGGCAGCAGUAUUGUCAUCCCCGCGCAGCAUGUUCCUCAAGCCAUGUUACAGGGUCAGAACCAGUUCCUUCUUCCUGGGCAGUUAGCAGGUGCCUCUGCUGUUCAGAUACCCCAGCAGCUCUCAGCCUUGCAGGCUAACAUGGGAGGACAGAUCCUAACUUCGCACCCUAGUGGCCAAGCCCACAUCAUAACUAGCCAAGGGCCUGGUGGGCAGCUAAUAACCAAUCAGGCCUUGCCUGCCCAAAUCCUCACCAAUCAGAACAUCGCUAGCCAGCUGAAUCUGGGGCAGGUGCUUACAUCGCAGAAUGCGCAUGGCACUGCUCACAUUCUUUCUGCACCUAUUCAGCUGCAGCCUGGUCAAGUGGGUCAGCCAACUUUGUUUCAGAUGCCUGUCUCUCUAGCUGGCAGCUUGACCACUCAGAGUCAGCCCUCUGCAGCCUCAUUGGCCAGUGGUGCCAUCAGUCAGACUGGGCAGACCGUUAUCCAAGGUGUAACUCUGCCUAAUCAAGUUGCUAUGUUAAAUUCCACUGAGAACCUCAACCAAGCUGUGAGCAUUCAGGCAUCUGCCACCACCAGCAGUCAGAGUCCAGGCCUCAUUCAGCCACAGCCUGCUUCUGGCACCAGCCUGCUGCCAAGCAGUGACCAGUCCUCUAUACUGACCGUCCAGACUGCGUCCCAGCCUCCCGCUCCACCUCAUCUUCAGUUGAAUGUGCAGCAGCAGCCUCCUCAGCAGCCAGCACAGCUACCUGUGACUUCACAGCCCAGCCCUAACUUGGCAUCCAGUCCAGAGAAGAUCAUCUUGGGCCAGACAGCUGCUGGAACUGUCAUAAACCAAGAUUCCAUGCAGAUGUUUCUGCAACAGAAGGAUCGAAGCCAGCAGCAGCAGCAAUUUUAUCCGGCAUCCCUGAAAAUGCAGCAGGAGAACAAUCUGAAUCAGUCCACAGUACCACCACACCUUCCAAUGCCUCUGCCCAUCUACAGCAUAGCCACCACAGCUCUCAGCACCACAAGCAGUGUCCCAGCAUCAGUGAUAGUGAGCAGCAGUGCAGGCACAGCUCUGCAACCGCCUGCCAGCCGAGAGCUGACCCAGAAUCAGAAUCUGGCAACGGUGGAGUCCAAAGGACCGAAUCUUAUACCUCAGUUCUCAGCCAGCCAUUCCCAACAGGCACUGGCUUGCCAGUUACCCACAGGGCAACAGAAGCUCCCUGGAGCCUCCCCGUCCCAUUCACUACCUCAUCCUCCAAUGGGGGAGAGUCCCCAGCUCCAGCCUGCACAUCUCUCACAGAUGCAGUCCCCCCACCAGUCCCGUCCUCCAUCACAGCCACAGCCACUUUCCCGACCACCCUCCCGGCCUCACUCAAGGCCUCCCUCCCAGCCACAAACUUUGUCCAGGCCUCCUUCUGAACCCCUCUCCCGGUCCUGCACCCCUCAAACGCAAAUGCAGAACUUGUACGUGAUACAGAAUCAAAUCACAUCAUCCCCCCACGGUCCCACCCAGCACCCCUUACGACCCCCGUCGCAGCCUCAGGUACAGUUCCAGCCACCCCAGUCUCAGGCCGAAGGGCAACCUCAGCUAGCAACACCUCCACAUCUGCAGCUACAAGUUCAGCUUGCCACUCAGAUCCAGCCCCAGUCUGAGACCCUGGUUCAGGCACGGUUGCAAUCCCAGAUCCAGGCUCCAGCUGAGUCUCAGCAUACUCAUUCCCCACAUUUCCAGUUCCCUUCCCAGGGCCAAAUCAAACCGCCAGUCCCAGCCCAGACCCUUCACCUAACACCAGAACAACAGAGAAGUUUUCAGAUGGUCCCAAAUCAAUUCCAGACACACUCUGCAAUUCCAAAUCCCGCUCCUCAGCAGAAGCAGCUAUUGGACAGGUUCCAGCAGGUGCCCCAGGGGAUUAUCCUGCAAACGAAACACCAGACUUCCACCAGCCAGGUGUCAUCAACUCUGAGCCACUUCAGCAGCCAGCCAUCAUCUGUCCUGGUUAGCAGCCAAGGACAGCCAGUAGCAGUGACAACAACGCAAGGACCAGUCCACAGCCAGCCAUCUGUCCCUGCUGCAGUCCAGCCUUCUGCAGGUGUAGCUGCUCCAGUUCCUGCAGAGAGUAAAACAUUUUCCAGUGGCUCCACAGCUGUUCCUGGGGGGAAAGUGACUACAGUGUCAGGGAAACCAGGAACACCUCUUGCCGUACAGCAGCCAGUUCAGGCGAAGCCUGGAGUGAUUAGCUCCAUCUCUGGCCUGAAUCUUGGAAAAGGCUCUUUGCAGAUCCAGGUAGUUGGGAAAGGAUUAUCACAACUCAUGCCCUCAGUCCCAGUCCCAUCCCAGCAGCAGUACGAUAGUAAGCUUGGAAGUCUGAAAAAAACUCCUACACUACAGCCCAGCAAAGAAGCUUGUUUCUUGGAACAGUUACAUAAACAUCAGGGAGCAGUGUUGCACCCUGACUAUAAAACUUCAUUCCGAUCAUUUGAAGAUGCCUUACAAAGGCUUCUACCCUAUCAUGUCUACCAGGGGAUGCUUCCCUCUAUGCACGACUACAGAAAGGUAGAUGAAGAGUUUGAAACAGUGUCCACCCAACUGCUGAAACGCACACAAGCUAUGUUGAACAAAUACCGCCUGCUGCUCUUAGAGGAGUCUCGGAGAGUCAGCCCUUCUGCAGAGAUGGUGAUGAUCGAUCGAAUGUUUAUUCAGGAAGAAAAGACCAUGCUGGCUCUUGAUAAACAGCUAGCAAAGGAGAAACCAGAUGAGUAUGUUUCAUCAUCAUCUCGCUCACAGAGCCUCACUUCCUCUCUGGCUCUAUCCUCUGUGUCCAGCAUCACCCCAGCUUCUGAGAAUCUAAAGGUGCCUCCAGUGCAGACAGCCACCCAGAUCCACCCCACCAAAUUGGUUAUCAAGCACAGCGGAGGCUCCCCUUCUGUCACAUGGGCAAAAGCUUCGCCUUCUUUGGAUGGAGAUGAGGAUGCCCUACCCUCGAGGAGCAAGCCCCCAAUCAAAACUUACGAGGCACGGAGCCGGAUUGGGCUUAAGCUGAAGAUCAAGCAGGAGGCUGGUCUCAGGAAGGUGGUGCACAAUACUGCCUUGGACCCAGUUCACCAGCCGCCUCCAGUGUGCACAGUCAUCAAAACAGGUGACCAGCACUCUUCAGCUGCCACCACCACCGCCGCCGGGCAAAUGAACGGGACUAUUGACCACAUAACCUCAGCACCUGUGGAGAAAAAACCCAUUGUGACCUACUGCAGGCUUCCGCUUCGUAAGACUUACAGAGAAAACGUGGAUGCUUUUAUAGCAGAUAAAGCCACUGAUGCCUAUCCGAAGGGAGGCAUCCCAAAGGUCGAUACGAUCCCCAGCACCCUUGUGAUCAAGCAGGAGGACGGCUCCAAAGGCGUGAUCACUUCUCUCAAAACACAUGAAACCCCAACUGUGGUGGUGACAGAGAAGAGCAAGCCAGAGGAGAGCUCCAAGCUCCUGUUUUUCAACAGGAGCGAUGCCCGUUCUCUGGUGAUGCAAGACAGCCCUGCCCCUCCGAAGACCGAUGACUCUACCAGUGGCCUUAUGAAGGAACUUGCAGAAGUAGAGGAUGAGUUUUAUCAUGGAAUGAUAAAAACAGAGCCCCCUGACCACAGCUCUGGCUCAGAGCUCACCUGGGAGGUUCCCUUGCCUCCAGCCAAGCGCAGGAAGUCGGAGUCCUUUGAUGUGGAUAAUGCCAGCUUCUCCAGUGACAGCCCCCAGGACGACUCCCUUAAUGAACACCUACAGAGUGCCAUUGACAGCAUUCUCAACCUGCAGCAACCUCAGACGGGGGGUCAGAAUAUCCGGACACCCUCCUCCUCGUACAACUCCUCUUCCUCCCCUUUCUCUUCACCUGUCCAUCGUACAGACACUUACCUUGCCCCUAAUCACAAUGGCAGCCUUGGAGCAAGGACGUUGAACAGAUAACAGAAAACCAAACUGAGCAGAAACUGAAUAGAAAGCAAGGACCGAAGAAGAAGCUCUUGCUGGUUGAAACGGUUGAGCACCAUGGGUGUCAGUGGUGCCGCCUACCCAGAGACCCGAUGGCUCGGGCCUGGCACCAGCAGGAGUGGGGAAAGAGGGUGUCCUAAUGAUGCUUCAUCCAAGUGUUUAUAUGAUGGGUUUUGGAUGUUGUAAAGUACAAGCUGAGGCUGGAUUUACAAUACACUCGUCUCAUCAAAUACACCCUAUAACGGCAAGUGAGAAGCAAAUAGGCGGGUGGGAGGGGAUUGAUGGGGCCCAUAGGUAGUGCUGGCUGUGUAAUUUAGAUUCUGUAACAAAUUGCUAAUUUGAAUAUCUGAUUGAUCAGUUUCCCCACCCCAUCUUAAACUUUGAACAGAUUGCAAGUCAAGCCAGUGUGAGGCAAAAGGGGAUUCUGCAGGAAUUGCCACAGAGGCAAAAUUUAUUGUUCAUUUUUAAGUUAUUUCAGGAAUCAAGCAUGGGCUUGUGGAACCUCUUGUUGGUCAACAAAGGGCAAAAAAAUAGUCAAGAAAGGAAAUGCAAACACUAAUCAUUAAAAAGAAAGUAAGUUUCCAACUAAAUCUAUGUUUUACUCCUACAACUUGAAGAGAAACAAUUCCCUUGGGAGUAGCUGUAGGUAGGACUAGCAGGAGCAGCACAGGGGAGAUGGGGGAAGAGAGGAAUAUCAUGCAAUCAUUUACGCUGAGCGGGGUGGUUACAUAGCUUUUUGUUGUACUCCAUGGCAACCUGAUAUUUUGGUAGCAACCGGGCAAAGUGUAUUCAAGCUGUGUUAGGAGCGAAGCUGGUCUGGCAUUUCCCUGCAGCAUUCCAAGGCAGGGGGUGUGCUGAUAAGAGAACAGGCUGGGGCCAAGGCAUCGUGUUGCAAUGUUCUGCUUGGAGCUAGGCAAAGGCAGAAAGCAAAAAUGCCAAAUGAAUGUUUACAUGUUUUACAUUUCUGCUUUGCAUCAUUUGUUGUUGUUUAAAUGUUUUCUUAUACUCAGUUACCUUCAUCUUAUUGCUUUCCCAUUGGGGUCGCCUGUUUCCUUAUUAAAGCCAUAAGGAGGGGGAGAGGGGUUAUAACAUGUACUCUUGAGACCCUGUGUCAUGACCAUCAGCCUCCUGACUAAGGAGGACUGGAUAGGGCUCCCUUAGGGACCUAUCAAUGCCUCUCCCUAAUCAGUUAGAGGAGGAGACUGUUGAAUGCCACAAUGUACUCCUGCCUUUCCACUUCAGCAGCACUGCUAGCCCCAGGCAGUCUGGGAUGUGAGAGUAUUAGACUGAGUGACAAACCCAAAUCAUCCUCUUCAUAGCAGUGCUGGACUCUUCUACCAUGCCACCAGCCCACUUGUCCCCUGGCGUGUUUGGUUUUGAUCAGUUCCUGAUUUUCCUUUUCCUUUAGUUCUUCCCAUUCUGUCUGUCUCUUUCCACAUCCUGCAGGCACUGGAACUCAGAGGCAUACAGGGAGGUUUAGAAGCCCUAUUAAAUUUAUAUGAGCAGGUGGAUGCUGUGACAGAUCAAAUUCCAGGCCUUUUGCUGACAAACUUCUAGUGGCUUUGUCAGGGUUUGAGUUCUAACACCUGCCUUGUGCUAAGGAUUCCAACCACAAUCUCUUUCGAAACAUCUUAUAACAUUGAUUUCACUGCACGAGGGCUCUGUCUUUCCAGUUCAGUCUUCCUGUUCUCUGAUGCGAGCUUAUCGCCCUACUCAUGGUCACUCUAACGUGGAUAAUGGUUGAGAACACUGUGAUACAGAAAAUGCCAGGAAAUGUGGGCUGGGCAAGAUCACAUUUAUUUCACUACAAAUAACAGACAUAAACCCUUCCAGAAAUGUACAUUGACUAAUGCCAGAAACCCUGAGGAGGAUCUAUUUAUUCCCACUCAAGCCUUAGUAUUUCUUUACCCAAAUGUGUGGUGACAGUGGAAAUACCUGGUUUCUUUUCACUGUUCCCCCACAUGGGUGUGUAUGUAACCAUGACUUAAUUGUAUGCAUGUAUGCUGAAUGUAUGUAGACGAUGUAACCUGUAUGUGUGGCAUUCAUCCCAUUAGAGCUUUUUCACUGAUUCUACCUCCAUUUUUUAUUGGUGGUAGUAAGAGUUAAGGCUUUGCGUCAGUGCCAUCAAGUAUUUGUGAUGUGCCAUUAGUCCUGUUUCCUUCAACAGCUUAUUGAUGUCAUUCACUACCACACGAUAGGAGUGGUAUGUACCAUACAAACAGAUUGCAAUAUCAGCACACCACCUGCUUGGAGUCUCUCGUGUUAGCAGGCCCAUGCUGCUUUAGAUGGGAUCCCACAGUUCAAACCAGGAUGGGAGAAUUGGAUUUGUGAGGAAAUGUAUCUCCUCUUGCUGGCCUGGAGUGGACGUGUGUAAAGGGGUGUCACUCUGCAAAAGAACAUCUCCUUUUCUAUCAAUAGGCAAGACGAGAGAUAAUGAUCAAAGGGAGAUGCCUGGUUAAAGUAAUUUGCACUCCACUCCCAGUGCUCUUAGUUGCCCAAAGUGGGGAUUAAGAAGUGGUGAAAUAUCAGGAGGGUAACAAUAAAUUAACAGGAAGUUAAAAUAAAUGCACAAUAAAAAUCAACUGGGUGAGAAUCUCAGGCUCCUCUAAAAUACAUUGCUUACAACUGGGUUGAUAACACUUAAAACUGCAGAGUGUUGUGUUACAGCCACUGAGGGAUUCCCCGUCUCAAAUGAAAGCGUGAGCCUGUUUUCUAGCAUCUUUUAGUAUUUUUGAUCCUUCACAGUAUUUCUUUCUUCAGUUUCUCCUGUGCACUGAGUUCUAUAAAUUAAUGGGUUUCAAUCCUCCUCAUAUUUAUCUCACCAAUUGUAUUUUUUUAAAACAGAUUCCUCCUUUUUUCCUUCAGUGCUGAAAUUCCCUUUAGAGAACAUCUUCAGAGCAUGGCAUUCAGAGAAAAGCAGGUGGCAGCUACUCCCUUGUCUGGGCAGCUUACUGAAAAAUUGUAACUAUGGAGGUAGCACAGAAGUGGCACUUCUCUGUGUCCCGUGCUCUUAUAUAUACACACACCUCCCACCAUAUGGCUUGACAGAUACCUGCAAAACGAAGAGCAGUUCAUGAGAUAAUGUAGAAUUUCCUGCAUAUAUAAGAGAGAGAGAUCUCACAGAGUGAAAUAUCAGACUGCAGAGAUUGUGACAUUAACACAGAUGUACAUUAUUCUGAUAUCAGUCUCUCUCCUGUUACCAGAGCUAUGGAAUUUGCAAAAGUGUCCCUGAGGGAGGGUGGGAAAGGAAGGCAAACAUCUCUUUGUGAGCCUGGAGCCAAGGACCUGCCUGUUAGCAUUACCAUCCUUUUGGAUGACGAAGUAGAGAGUUGGUGAACAGAAAAGGGAGAAAAUUGUCAGUGUUAUCAGUUAGAGGCAUUUGAAUUUCGAAGUUUUCUGCUUCUUUUUUUCCCCUUUCUUAAACUUAUUUACAGUUUUACCAUCUCCAACCCACACCCCUAAUGAAUGUCCUGAAUUGCAGCUGCUAUCAGACUCCUGUGGAAGGAAGCCUGUUAGCAUUGUGUGCUGAUUAACUGUAAGGGGCCACCACCUCCUUUAUUCCAUGGAAGUUUAGUGUUUUCUUUUCACAGCAAUCCCCACAACAAGAUUUGAACCUUAAAAGGCACAACCACCAACACCAGUCCCUCCACAUUUCAGUCUCUCAUAUAUUCUGUAUAGCCCAAUGAAUUCCUUCCAAAUUGUGGUCCCAUUGAAAUCAAUGGUAAAACGCCCAUGACCUCACUGGAAGGAGGACUGGCCUCCUAGAAAGUUUGCUGACUCUGGAGGAAUUAGAAUUGUGAGUCUGCAAGUACGUAUGUGUCUCUAGUACUGGGGUUGGGGAGAUAUUUUAUGAGCGUAAAGGCUGCUUCCACAAAUGUAGGGGCGGGAAUUAAGAUUAUAGUGGGCCCAGAUUCCCCCGAAUCUUUAGGCUCACACCUACGUAACAGUCCUCCACCAGCCAUCAAUGUGCACAGCUUGUGCCACAUGAGUCAGAGCAGCUCGGCACCCAGUCAGUGCCUGUCCUGGGUCAUGGUAUAAUAUGUAACCUGAGGAGCCAAGUGAGGGAGUGUUACAGUUUGGGGUUCCUGGGGUUCCUUGCUGCAAACAGUCCUCUCACACUCCUGGGUAGGCUGGCCACCAUGUGUUUUAUUUACAGUAUACUGUAGAAGUGUUUGGUUCCCGCCACAUAAACUUUUCUCCAAGUCUAUCUACUACCAAGGCCCAGGACAGAAGGGAGAGAGAAAUCUCACCACUCUGAAAUCCUGAACUCCUUUGCUCUGCCUUCCAUCCUUCCAUCCUAGCUCUCUCUCUGAACCAUCAUCAACAGACAGCUGAAUCCCCUUGUUAAUUGGCUAAUCACCUGGUACUUGAUCCGUUUGAUUUAUGCAGGGACAGUACCAAGUGCAGAGUGGUGAGUCAGGGUCAGGAUACUCCCACGCUAUCACAGGAGACCCCUGCGUUGUACGCGCUGGCACUAGUCACCUGUUGUGAAUCUCAUUGACGUGCUGCAUCAGUGGGUUCCUUCAGGCUGCAAGUUCUGGAUCUUUAGCCCUGUCUAUUCUGGCAUUACAAGGUUAAUCAGGUUUUUAACGUGGCAGGGCAGCCAGGGUGCAUGGGCCCAUGCUUUGUUAAACCUGUAUUGUUAAGGAAAAAAGUUAAUGUUUUAAAAGUUUCUGUUGUAGGUUCCUGAGUGGGCUGGAGCAGAUUUACUGUUUGACACUGUCAACAUUGGCCAAACUCAUGGUUAAACCCCUUUUUGGCCACUAUUAAAGUUGGUUGCAGUGUGACUCUUAACGGUUGACAGAAAUUCCCCUAACCUUUUUUCUGUUGUCUCUUUUUUAUUAUCAUAAAUUUAUUUUUAAAAGUAGGUCUAAAUCCUUUUUCACACAUGCAAUACCCUCUUACAUAUUUUAGAGGCUCCAGUUCGUCUUCUGAAUGUAUACUUUAAGAGACCAAACUGUUUGGCCUCAUUCUGGGAGUUACCUAAUAACUAGCUGCUUCAUAUAUUUCCAAAUCCAUGUUAUUUUUCCUGCUUUCUGCAUGUGAAAAACACAUGGUCAGGCUGCAGAUUAAACACAGGCUACCCCCUUGGCUAAUGUCCCAGUGUUUUACCAACAGAACAAGUUAGGCCCAGCAAGUUGUGCUAUAGCUUAGCUGCUUGAGCUCUUGAUAGGAAGCCAGAUGAACUGCUUUCAGCCACUAACCAAACAUCUUUUUUUUUUUUUUUUUUUUUUUUUUUGCUACUUCCCUUUCUUUCCAAGAAGAAAUCAUAAAUCUCAUUUCCAGGGCCUGGGAAUUAGCCAUAACUGCAUUCAAAUUCCUACAUAUUCUCAUAUGCUCAUUACAAACAGACUUCAAACUCAGUCUUUGAGGAUAUGUGAAUAUUUGUAAAUCAUCAAGGUAUCUUUUCCUUUCUGGACCAAUUUUUGGUGGUUAACAUUGUCCUAAAAUCUGCAAACUCCAUUGAAAAUCCAACAGCCUGCUCUUGCAUUAUAGCUCAAGAGACUCAACUAGAAAUAUAGGGAGUCAGCAACUUUUCUUCUUCUCCCUCUGGGAUCAGAUUUUCAAGAUGGCUCAGUACUCAACAGCUCACAUUUAGGCAUAUAAAUGAAAUCACUUGGUUUUCAAAAAUACUCAACCCCCAGCAGGUCCCACUGUUCUGGAUGGUGAGGAUAUGAAAAUCUGGACCCUAUUACUUUCCUCUCUUCCUGUCCUCAUGUCUUACUGAAAAGAGGCCUUAAAAGUAUUCAUAUGCCCCUCAUUACUCCACACCAAGAAAUAUAAAAAGGGGAAAGUAAUUAAUUUGGAACUCCAGAGGCAGCUAUUGCAAUUCUGUGGAUGAAAGCAAGUAUUUUCCAAGAAUGAGUUUGCUUUAAAAAGCAGUGAGGAAGAGGAGUUAUUGUUGCAGGAGGACUGGUGGCUUUAAGCAGUAAGUAAUUGGAUCCUUUAUGUGAACACAAACCUCCUUAAGAAAUGGGUGCAGGUCACUCUUGAGGAGUUUUGAACGUACCAGAAUCCCCUGUAUUGUUCCUUGUUUUCAAUUCUUAUAGCUAGUGUUAAUUUUUCACAAUCAUUCUUGCCUCUGCCACCUUACUCCCAACUCACUACAUGCUCAUGCACACAGUGUAGAUCAAAAAUACUCAAGACAUUUUAUAAACCAGCAUAUUUCAGUGUGUGCAUUUAACGCUCGUAGCUGUGAACGCACUUGACAAGGAGAAUAGAAAAGCUUAUGCAAUCAGGUCCUUCCAGCUAUGCAAGUACAGAAUUGACACACGUGUUCUAGUCCACUGGGAGAUGAAUAGCUGGGAAUGGAACACAUGCAGGCUUUCUUUUUACCACCUGGCCUUAGUGUCACUUGCACACCAUUUAUUAGCUAACCGCUUUUUACCUGUGACAGAAACAAUGAAGUCCAACAUUAGUGUUUGUUACCAUCCUAUUCACUUCCAACUCCUUUAUGCACAUAAUUGAAUGUCCCCAUGUCCCCUGAGGUGUUGUCCUUGUUGGAAAAUGGCAAUAUAGGAAAAGACAUCGCCAUUCUUUACACCGUCAAACGAUAAUGAAAUGACUGCUGGAGAAAGUAGAAAGUUUUGGACAGUGACUGCUCACCCAAACUAUUCUUCAACAUCAAUUUCUUCUUCUUUAACCCUUUAUGUGUCUUGUGAAGUAGAGAAAAGUUUGUGUCUUAAGGAAAAUCUGCAGUUUAGUUAAGACAAUUUUUAGGGGGCAUAAUUUAACCAAAAAUGAAAAAUAAAAAAUUACGGUCUACUUUUUUUCUUUGACAAGAGUAUUUUAACAUUAGACCAUCCACCACUGAUGUAGGUUUUUUGGAUAGUUAUGUAUCAGAUCUGUACCUCUGUGCCCACAAGUUUUUCUAAUACUAUUUUAUUUAAAAGAAAAAAAUUAGCAGUGUUGCUUUUCCAUUCACUUCAUGCUGUGUAGCAGUUCACAAAACUGCCUGAAAAAUUUUGCCUUUGUACCAGGUGUAUUUUAAUUCCUCCAUUUGAGAAGCCUUCUCAAACAAACUUUCUAAGGUUUGUUGCUUGUGAACUGCCUUUGAUACAUUCUGAAGCACUGGUUCUACUUAACAAGGGAGGUCUCCUCUUUUAUCACAGUAGCCUGGGCUUAUAAGAAGACAAGCAAAUCGAAGGUGACUGAUUUUUUUUUUUAAUUAUUGUUACUGAGAUUUUAUUUUUGGAUUUGAACACUGCUCUGUGGCACAGAGCAGGAAGAUAAAAAAUCCAAGGAGAGAACCCCCUUUUGGAUUGGCUUGCAAACACUAGAGGUCAAAGCGCUCAGUGGCCCCUCUUAACCCUUCAUUAUCUGUGAUGAGAAGAUUGGUUAGGUAGCAAUAAGAAAUGACAAUUCCCAGGCUAAAAUAUUUGGCGUUUUCUUUUUUAUAUAUGCAUAUAUAUAAAAAAAUGUGUAUGAAAUUGUUUGGUUUUUGUUUAGUCUCUACUUUUUUCUUUAAUCUAAAAGAAAGAGUGGCUUGGGAUCAUUAAAGCAUUAUUUUUUUCCUUUUUCUGCAAGAUGGAUAACUUUCAAAUCAGAGACUCCCCUAUGUUCAAAAGGCUGAUACGCAUUGGCUUCCUCACUGUUUCAGGGAAGUAUACUCGAAAACAUUUUUACAACUUCCCAGUAUUUUGAAAUGAACUUGAAGUGACCAUACCUUUUUCUUUUCGCAGUGGGGAGUGGGGUUCUUUUCACCCCUUUUCUGCACAUUUUAAUUUCCAUAGUUUUGCAGGGGGACAGCUAAUGAGUUUUUACUCUCAGCUGCCCCUAUCCACCUGAGCUUGUCUCUGGUGUAGAAUUAACCAGAAGAAGACAUGCAAAAAAAUAAUUAUGGCAAAAAGUAAAUCUCUCAUCCCUGACUGUUCAUUUCCUCCCCUCCCCCCACCUAUAGAAAUAAAGUAACAGCAACACUUGCAAAAAAGGAGAGGGAAAAUUCCCCACCCCUUAACCAAGUAAAACAACCCCCUUUUCUUUCUUGCCCCGCUGGUACCAGUGAACGCUAUCACAGUUCGAAACAAAAUAUAGUACUAUAAAAUAAUUUUGUACUGUAUUUAUUGUGUAUAACAAUUUUUUUAAAGAAUUAUGUACAUUUAGUACUUCUGUGUAAAUUAAAUUGCUCUUCUUUUUAAAUACUGUA